UGCUAAACCAAACUGAGCAUAGAGGCAUGUGCAUGCUGCUAUCAUCAAUGAUGUCUGGAACUGAGCCACAUACCGACAGAGAGGAGGACUACAGGUUUCUCCACAGCAUGCUGAUGGAGAAGAAGCUUCACUUGCUCUUCAAGAUUCACGAGCAACUGAAGCGUUUUGAGAAGCGAAGCCCCGUCCCCGUCCAGGAGCACGCGGCGAAUCUGGCCUCAAGUUUGGCAGAGGAGCUCAUAUACCAGGGUUGGAGAGAGGAAGUCAAAGAGCUGCUUGCCCUCAUUUCCAAACCCCACUUUCAGAGUCUCCUGCAUGUCCAUGACGCUGUAGCUCAGAGAGACUUUGAGCCUGUUCUGCCACCCAUACCUGAUGACGCACUGGAGGACGAGGAGGAUUCGGUCAAAAUUGUCAGUUUGGUCAAAACCAAAGAGCCUCUGGGAGCAACAGUUAAGAGGGAUACAUCCACCGGGGCUAUUGUUGUGGCGAGGAUCAUGAGAGGAGGCGCAGCUGACAAAAGCGGCCUCAUCCAUGAAGGCGAUGAGCUGAAAGAGGUGAAUGGAGUCCCACUAGAGCACAGGAAGCCAAAGGAAAUCCUUCCCCUGCUGGCUCGCUCUAAGGAUGAAGUCAGGUUCAAAAUUAUUCCUGCAUACUCCAGGGAAGAAAUGUCAACAACUAAGCAAAAGCUGUUUGUGCGAGCUCUGUUUGACUAUGAUCCCAAUCAAGAUCCUAGCAUUCCAUGCAAGGACGCUGCACUCACCUUUAAAAGGGGUGACGUCCUCCAGAUUGUUAGCAUGGAGGAUGACACCUGGUGGCAGGCCUGUCACCUCGAGGACAGCAACGGUGGAGCUGGGCUCAUCCCCUCGAAGGAGCUGCAUGAAAGAAGAGUCGCUCUACAGCGACCCAAAGCUCUGUUCCAGCCUCAAAGAGUCAAGCCACCAGUUUUUCCAGUCACGGAGGAUGCAGACUAUAGAGCUAUAACAGGGAUCCAUGUUGCUGGGUUAAGAAGGAGUUUCCGACUCGGUAGAAAGAGCAGCUGGGCCAAAGAAGCUGCUCGGUUCAGGAGAUGGAGCGCCGGGGUACGCAGCUCAAUUUGUCCACCUACCUACAUAGAGGUGAUCCCCUACCACAGGGAGCCAAAGGACAGACAUCGAGUGGUCAUCCUGGUUGGGCCCAGCGGCGUUGGCGUUAAUGAACUGAAGAGGAGGCUGCUGAUCUCCGACCCCGACCGCUAUGGCGUCACCGUACCCCACACCACACGGGAGAAGAAAAGGCAGGAAAGCGAAGGUGUGGAUUAUCAUUUUGUGUCAGUCCACAUGUUUGAAGAGCUCAUUCUGAGUCACAGGCUUAUUGAGUAUGGGAGUUACAGAGGUCACUACUAUGGAACGAGUCUAGACUCUGUGCACAGAGUGAUGGCAGAGGGCAAGGUCUGCCUCCUGGAUGUUCACCCCAGUAAAAUAAAGCGUGUGUACACGUCUGAAUUUAAACCAUACGUGGUGUUUGUCAAGCCACCGCGCAUAGAGGAGCUACGCCUCACCAGACGGAGAGCUAAAUUUGUCUGUGAUGAAGAGGAUAUUAACCAAGUCAGGAUCUUUUCAGAGGCGGAUUUUGAGGACAUGAUUGACUUAGCUGAAAACAUGGAGCGCCAGUACGGUCACCUGUUUGACAAGGUGAUUGUUAAUGGAGAUAUCGCCUCUGCGUUCAGAGAGCUGAGGUCAGACCUCGAGAAGAUUCAGGAGGCACGGGUCCAGUGGGUGCCCACAGAGUGGAGCUUCUCCUCACCAACAAAAGCACGGAGAAGCUGUAGUCAUCUGCCCAGCUGGAUUUGA